UUUCAUCCAAUUUGUUUCACUCAUAUUUGAACAGCAAACAAAAAUGUUGAUUUUUUUAUGUAAACUUUGAACUCGUCUUACGGACAAACGCAACUUCGUCAUUCCACUCUGUAACACUUGAUUGGAGAGAGGUACACGAUGCACGUAUUAGGAUUUGUUGAAGCAGCGAUACGUUUUACAGUUUUACUGCAUGGUGUGCUGCCCAGUACCUUCCAAAGUUCCGUUGAAGGCAGAAUAACGUGUUGCAGGAAAAAUUCACAAAAUGCCAAACUGUCCUAAGUGUGAGAAACCAGUUUAUUUCGCCGAAAGGAAGACUUCUCUGGGAAAAGACUGGCAUUCAGCCUGCCUGAGAUGUGAAAAAUGCAACAAGACCCUCACUCCCGGCUCCCACGCAGAGCACGAGGGCAAACCUUACUGCAACAACCCUUGCUACUCCGCCCUGUUUGGCCCAGGGGGUUUCGGGAGGGGUGGCGCUGAGAGCUAUGUCUUCAAGAAGUGAGAGAAGACCUCGAGAGGCGAAUUGACAUUUUCCGAUCUACUUAAUUUUUAUUUUUUUUUAGUUUUGUAGCCAGUAAAUAUAGAAAAAUAAAUAUUUUAUUAUCUGGGAACGCUC